AUGGAAAUGGAUAAUUCGAAGAUUGAAGUGGAGAAUUUGAAGAUUGAAAUGGAGAACUUGAAGAUUGCUGUGAAAAAUUUGAAGAUAAAAGUAGGUCAUUUGUCGAAAACAAUUGCUACAUUGGAGACAUCGAAUGAUUUGGUAGUGGAAAAAAAGAUGAAGACAAGUCAAACAAGGAACACUUUAUCAACAAGUCCAUUAUCAGGAGAAAGAACAUUUAUUGAAGAAGCAUCAAAUAUCAAAGUGGGAAGAUAUACUGCAGAAGAAAGAAAAGAAAGAAUUCAUAGAUACAGAGCAAAAAGAACUCAAAGAAAUUUUAACAAAACUAUUAAGUAUGCAUGUCGAAAAACACUAGCGGACAAUCGUCCAAGGGUUCGUGGCAGAUUUGCUCGUAACGAUGAAGUUGGUCUUGAGAUUCCGAAAACUUCAUCAUCAACAUUGUUUAAUCGAUACGAAGAUGAAGAUGAUAUUUGGAUUGAGGGAGUUCAUGAAGAGGAAGAAGAUCAUCAAGGCUCAAUAGGGAGAAGACAAUUGUAUCACAACUUUAGUUCAAUGACACAAUAUCAUCAACAAUAUUCAAGCCACUAAAUUGGGUCAUAAUUAGAGAUUAAUUUUUAUAAUUAAGUCAUUAAAGUUUGGAUUAAUUAACCAUGAUUAAUAGAAGAUAUUAGCUAUGGUUUAAUUUAUGAAUAAAUUAAUUAGGUGCACUUGCAAGUGCCACAAUUUAAAUGUCUAUGGAGGGAAUAGACUAGCUAUAGUAUAUCGAGCACAAAUUGUUUUUCUGUCUUUUUUAUUUUUUUUAUUUAGGAGCUUAUUAGUUAUUAUUAAGAGGUCAUGUACAACUUAUUGUCUUCUAUUUUAUUAAAAAAUUAUAUAAGAUUUCUAUUAAUUGAAUCUGUAAUUA